CCUCGGCCGCGCCCGCCCCCUCGCUGCUUCGGCGGCGCGGCGACGCGGUGCGCGGCAGAGCCGGCGGGGCUAUGGCUGCGGAGGAGGUGCUGCAGGGUGCGGACCAUUACAAGAGCGAGAUCGAGCGGCUGACCCGGGAGCUCUCCGAGACGACCCACGAGAAGAUCCAGGCGGCGGAAUAUGGGCUGGUGGUGCUGGAGGAGAAGCUCACCCUCAAGCAGCAGUACGACGAGCUGGAGGCGGAGUAUGACGGCCUCAAGCAGGAGCUGGAGCAGCUGAAGGAGGCAUUUGGACAGUCUUUCUCAAUUCACCGCAAAGUAGCUGAAGAUGGGGAGACACGAGAAGAGACUCUCCUCCAGGAAUCUGCAUCAAAAGAAGCUUAUUACCUGGGGAAGAUUUUGGAGAUGCAGAACGAGCUGAAGCAGAGCAAGGCGGUGGUCACCAAUGUUCAAGCAGAGAAUGAGAGACUCACUGCUAUUGUCCAAGACUUGAAAGAGAAUAAUGAAAUGGUGGAACUGCAGAGGAUACGAAUGAAGGACGAAAUUCGCGAGUACAAGUUUCGAGAGGCGAGGCUCCUGCAGGACUACACUGAACUGGAAGAAGAAAAUAUCACUCUGCAGAAGCUGGUAUCCACGCUGAAACAGAACCAAGUUGAAUACGAAGGCUUAAAGCAUGAGAUUAAACGAUUUGAGGAGGAGACAGUAUUGCUUAAUAGUCAGCUAGAAGAUGCCAUCCGGCUGAAGGAGAUUGCUGAGCAUCAGCUGGAGGAAGCUCUGGAAACUUUAAAAAAUGAAAGGGAGCAAAAGAACAAUCUGAGAAAGGAACUCUCCCAGUACAUCAACCUCAAUGAUAGUAUGUAUAAUAAUCAUAUUAAUAUAUCAGUAGAUGGAUUGAAGUUUGCAGAAGAUACAAGUGAGCCCAACAAUGAUGACAAAAUGAAUGGACAUAUCCAUGGGUCUCUUGUGAAACUUAACGGUGACUACCGAACUCCCACGAGUAGGAAAGGAGAAUCUCUGCACCCCGUCUCUGACCUCUUCAGUGAGCUCAACAUAUCAGAAAUACAGAAACUGAAGCAGCAACUCAUGCAGGUGGAAAGAGAAAAGGCCAUUCUCCUGGCCAACCUGCAGGAAUCUCAGACACAGCUGGAGCACACCAAAGGAGCCCUGACUGAGCAACAUGAGCGAGUCCACAGGCUCACGGAGCACGUCAACGCCAUGAGGGGCCUGCAGAGCAACAAGGAGCUGAAAGCAGAGCAUGACUGUGAGAAGGGGCGAGACCCCAGCGAGGAAGCACACGACUAUGAAGUGGACAUCAAUGGUUUGGAGAUCCUAGAAUGUAAAUACAAAGUAGCUGUUACGGAAGUGAUAGACCUUAAAGCAGAAAUCAAAGCCUUAAAGGAGAAAUAUAAUAAUUAUGUGGAAAACUACACUGAAGAGAAGGCCAAGUAUGAGAGCAGAAUCCAGACUUACGAUGAACAGGUGACAAGCCUAGAGAAGUCAACCAAGGAAAGCCAGGAAAAGAUGGUCCACAUGGAAAAGGAGUUGCAAAGGAUGACAAGCAUAGCGAAUGAAAACCACAAUACCCUCAACACCGCCCAGGAUGAGCUGGUGACGUUUAGCGAGGAGCUGGCUCAGCUCUACCAUCACGUCUGCCUGUGCAACAACGAGACACCUAACAGGGUCAUGUUGGACUAUUACAGGCAGAGCAGAGUUACCCGCAGUGGCAGCCUGAAAGGUCCAGACGACCCACGGGGUCUCCUUUCCCCUCGGCUUGCCAGAAGGGGAAUGGCAUCGCCUGUAGAAGCCAGGACUCCGACCGAGCAGGUGACAAAAGAGGCCACAGAGCCUGGCAAGGAGCAGAGCCCAACGAAAACACCUACGAUUUCCCCUGUCAUCACUGCCCCUCCUUCCUCCCCAGUCUCCGACAGCAGUGACAUUCGCAAAGAGCCGAUGAACAUCUACAACCUCAACGCCAUAAUAAGGGACCAAAUCAAGCAUUUGCAGAAAGCUGUAGAUCGGUCGCUGCAGCUGUCGCGCCAACGUGCUGCAGCCCGGGAGCUGGCACCCAUGAUUGAUAAAGACAAGGAGGCCUUAAUGGAAGAGAUUCUGAAACUGAAAUCCCUCCUGAGUACAAAGCGGGAGCAGAUAGCAACCCUGAGAGCAGUGCUGAAAGCCAACAAGCAGACAGCUGAAGUGGCAUUAGCCAAUCUGAAGAAUAAAUACGAAAAUGAAAAAGCUAUGGUGACUGAAACCAUGACCAAACUACGAAAUGAACUGAAGGCUUUGAAGGAGGAUGCGGCAACCUUCUCAUCCUUGAGAGCAAUGUUUGCAACCAGGUGUGAUGAGUACGUCACGCAGCUGGAUGAGAUGCAAAGGCAGUUGGCAGCUGCAGAGGAUGAGAAGAAGACCCUAAACUCUCUGUUGCGCAUGGCUAUCCAGCAAAAACUUGCCCUUACCCAACGACUGGAGGAUUUAGAGUUCGACCAUGAGCAGUCCCGACGCAGCAAAGGCAAGCUUGGAAAGAGCAAGAUCGGCAGCCCUAAAAUUGUCAGCAGCCUGCUGCCUCCAUACCGCCACACGGCUCACAACUAGCCAGGGGGCCAGAUUGCCAGAAUGUCAGGUAAACUGAACUAACUUUUCUCUUUGCACAUAGCUGCAUGCACGUCUGCAACUCCCCUUGUCUUCCCUUGUUCAAAACCUCUUUGCUAAGGUUCUUCACUAACAGCAACUUGAGCAACAGUGAUGAUUUCUGCAGUGACAAUACAAACACGAACCACAGAUCCAUGCACUUACAUUGAUGCAGAAAUGUUAAAAGAAGGCAAAGUUGUGUCUUGCAGCCCUCAUUUGUUCUUUUUAUGCAGUUUCUCCACGUUGCCAAAACAGCAAUGAUUUUUCUGUGUUGCCUGAUAAAUGUACUUAAAUGGAGGACUUGAUUUUUAGGGCUGGGCACAGAUUUCCAUUUUUGUAAGGUGGCAUUUUAAAGACACUUGUGAGAUCUCAGCAGGCACAGAAACCAACUUAAGAAAAAAAGAGAUGACAGUACAUUUUUUAUCAGUUCAUAGUAUGUUCUGUGCACAUAGUCGCUUCUCAUUUGAAACAGUUUCCAUUAUUUUUAGAUCUUACCCUGAUCUAUAGCAACCCAGCUGAUCUACAGCCCUAUUUGCAAUGAAACUGUUUCCCACAGAACGCUAAGUGUAGAAGCUUGCUGUAAUAACGCAGACUGGAGGAGGGAUGGGGUACAGCUUUCAGGCUGCACAUGAGGCACUGCUGAGCACUCCUGCCAGCUCACAGGUCCGCCAACAGCCUUGGAACAGCCCCUUCAUAUGUGCUUCUCUGUUAUUCCUCCCCUAAAUCCUAUCAAACUAUUGCUUCUGCAGUUUUAAAUAUCCUUCUCAGAAGGGAAAAGCUACAUCACUUAACUCUGCUAUGCACUUGUUGGCAAGCAUUGCCUUGUUCAGCAGGCUAACCUGCAGAAAGGAGCACAUUCCAAGGGAAAGCCUCAGGGCUUUUUGCAUUGUCCCUCAGUGCUUCCUCAGUUAGAAAGAUCUCAUCAGCCACAAUCAGAACUGGAUAUAUUGCUCAAGAAGCCAUUCUUGGCAUGUUUCCAAACUCAAAUCAUAGUGUACAGGAAGCAACAGUGGCACACAAAAUGGUUAAUUUUGUAAUAUGGUUAAUAUUUAAAAAAAUUAGAUCAGUCAUCGUACAAAGAUGACAUACUGGUCUACUUACCUGAACUACUGACCUCCAAAGGGCUGUAAUUUUGUACCACUAGAUUGGUACUCUUUUGAUUAAGAAAAAGCACUGUAGUAUUUUUUAUAUAUCAGCACUGAUGCCUUCCUUGUCUUGGCCGCAUAGCCGUGUAGCCUUGUAAAGCAGUGAAGCAUAACAGACUUGGUGCAAGAGAGUAUGAUGGUAUGAGUUUGUGAAUGCUUUAAAUGAAAUGAUUGAAAUCUGGAGUGAAAAUCACUGGCUUUUUAAGAACCAGUUAGGUGAGUUUGUUCAGGUUUUCUAUACCCAGGAGGGGAAGAAGGCAGCAGCUUGUGAUGUCCUUCCUCCUCUUAGAGUUCCUCCUGUGUAGCACAACUGCUUUCAAUCAUACAGUUAUGUCAGAUGAGGAAGGUAUUGUAUUAAAGCUGUGUCCAGCCCUAAAGUCACCCAUUUUAAGAGAGAGCUAUGCUUGUUUUUUAAGUUCUUGCAGUCAUGUGACAUCUCAAUGGCAUUUCACCUAGGAUCAAGUGACAGUGUAAAGAAACUUCCACAUCCUACAAUAUGCCAAAUCGUGUUCAAACUAGUUUGAUCCUGAUGAAGCACAGAGAUCCACUCUGAACUUUAACAUCAAACACAGAGAGCUUUCCCUCAUCCAAUACCUAUGCUGAAUUUUAAAUGGCACUUGUGCAUCUCUUGGUUUUUCACAGUAGUUGUGAAAGUGUGCUGAUUCCAGUCAUCUACUCAAUUUGAUUAGCCGUACGUCUGUCUGUCUUCUUGCUCAUGCCUGCAUGUUUCUGCUAGAACCUGAUCUGGAGAAUCUAGGAGAACCUUUUGUUAGAGAUUUUCAAAGGAAACUGAAGCAAUGUGUGAGAAGCUAAACUCUGCAUUCCAUGCCUCACCUCAGUUUCUAGGUCCAGAACUGUGGGCAGGCAACCAGACGUAGACCUAUCCUGAAAAGUACUGGAUGAUGUUCACCCCUUCCUAGCAUCGGUAGCUGUCUGUUUGAUGUAUUAUAUUGCACAAGAUAAAACUAAUACUGUCAUCCAGUGUUUACAAGAAUGUGUCUGUCUUUGGACCACAUGCUAGACCCAAGUUGUCUAAAAAAAACCAAUCAAAACCAAAACAAAAGUCCUGCAAAAGAUACUGCAAAUUAAACCAAUAUUCAUUAUUUUGUAAGAAAUUAUAAUUUCAUUUCAUGUAAAAUAGGAAAUAAAAAAUAGGGUUAAAUGUUAAGGAAAUAAGAUUAAAGUUGAAUAAGGAAAAAUGCACGUGAAAGAGUUGCAUUCUGAAUAUAUCACUGGUCUGUUUGUAUUUUCCAUUGCUGAUUCGUUACAGUUACAACCUAUGCCAGAAAAUAUUGCAUGUGAAUGACGUCUUUAAGAAACAACAUUAUUAUUUACUAACACCAAAGGGCUUUGCAUGAUAUUUUUCAGUUGAUUUUAGAACUGUACGAUGAGCUUUGUGAGUUCUGGGAGGGGAGAGAGCUGAUUAAAAACAAAUAGUAGUAACAUGAAAAAUUACAUGGACCAUAUUCAGCAACUGAAUGGAUAUCUUUCCAAAUGAUAGUAGCCUUUAAAGAGAGGAUUACAGAAAUGUUUAAAAAGAAGCAGAUAUCUUUGGGCAGAAAUGUAACAAUAUUCUUAUUCUCAGUUAGUAGCCAACAGCUUUAGGUUCUUCCAUGUCUUUCUGUUGCUUCAUGUUCCUAAUCUCACCUGCCAUCCUCUACUGCCUGUAACUGUCAAUGUGCCUGAUAGCUGAGCUCCAGGAUCUGCUGCCACCAUCACCUGUCCUGCCAUAGAAAGCACCCCUGCAUGUCACUUGCUGGUUCUGCUUGAUGGAUAAUGCAAUUUUUGUUUAGAUAGCGCUGCAGUAAUUUGCAUAACCAAACUGGCUAUACUGUUCUUCUGAAAGGAGAAUGGCACAGCAGUACAGUGUUAGGAUGAGAUUCAAAUCUACUAGGAUUAUGAGUGAUGGGUGUAUAUAUGUUGCUGCAAAGGUACCUGUACUGAUAACCUUGUAAUUUUUUUUUCUCUUCUCAAUGCCCCUAAUAUUUAUUAUCGGUUGAAAAGGGAAUGGUGAGACAAAGUUUUCAAUUCCUUUUGUGGACAGAAGUAUAUUUGUAUUUGAAAGUGAGAAGCCACACAGAGUUACUGUGAAGAAAAUAAAGGAUGUAAUUCUAAGUAUAGUACUUCCUAAAUGGAGCGUAUUCUGGAAUAGUUUUUAUUACAGUGUUUGCAGUCAAGGUUGAUUUUUUGCUGAAACAGAUGACAGAAUGGUAAUGAGACUGAAUGUAUUUAGAGGAGAAUUCUACUUGUCUCAGAGGUCCUGUUUCAGGUCAUUACUGCACAUAACUAGUCUCAAGUAUGGCCAUUUUCUCAGCAGUCCUCUCCCUUGAAGCAAGAAUUUCAUAUGUUGUUUAUCUUUAAAGCUGGGAAGAAAGCCCCAAAAGACAAACAUACCUCUGCUAAUGAGAAAGGAAAACAUUGAGUUUCUAUUCCUUUUUGACAAUAUAGGAGUUCUUUUGAGGAGAAAAAAAAAAAAAAGAAAAAAGAAAAAAAAAGAAAUGGGGUAGCAAUGGAGGAGAGCAAGGCUGUCUUUCUAGAGUAACGUGACCAUCUUGUUUGCCUUCCCCACACGUGCCAUGUUGAAGUUUUAAUUUGCUUUUAUUUUUCUGAAGGACUUAGUAGUGCUUUUUUUAAAGACUACUUUGAAAGCUUAGGAAGUGCUGAAGCCUAGAGAUGUCUCCUCAUGAGUGGAUAGCUUCUAGAGUAAAUGCAGACCUUUUGGAUCCAUCUCCAGACACUCCUGAGACAGACUCAUUUGAGAAGAGUAGGAAAAGAUCUCUCAGAUCCCUCUUCAGAUUCUCUGUCUGCAUUGGUAUGUUGCAGAAUGUGACAGAACAAAAAGAUGACUACAGCUGUGGAAGUAAACACUUAGAGAAUGCAGGCUUAGUGUCUUCUCAGAGUGUUUGAUUAAAUAAGCUCAACUAGUAAGUUUCAAGAAAAUAUUUUGAAUGAAAUAUUUAUGCCUAGGUGGUUAGUUUUAGAUGAUAUGUGAACGGAGGAGUCAUAGUCCUAAAAAGCAGUCCUAAAAACGCUUUGGGACUGACUGACUCAGCCAACUUCAAAAUGGAACCUAUGAUGUCCUGAGCUCCUAUAACUCACGCUCACCAGCCAUUUUGUAAUCAAGCAGCUCAUCUUCAGGGGCAGAAACAUGAAGCAGAGUUUAACUGAAGACAUGCAAGUUCCUGAUCUUCAAAGAAGCCCAGAGGUGCAGAGGCUCCAGCUCCUGCUGAACUGCAAUACCUGUGGAUUUUUGGGGCAUAAUCUCCUCAGCUCCCUUGAUUUAAAACUUGGACUUUGCCAUCUCCUUUCUUAAUGGCAGUAGUCCACACUUGUUUCUGUCUUCUGGGAACUGCAGUGCUGUUUCUUUGUUUCCUGUAUGUGGAAUUACAGACACUUUCAGUACUGCUGGCAUUUCCAAUGGCAGACUUUCAAAUACUGCUGGCAUUUCAAAUUGAUUCAUUUCCAGCAAUAGACUAAUUGCGUGCCUUCAGCCAGCACUCGAUAGUCUGUACUGCAGAGAUAAUUUGCAUGGUUUUAAAAGAAGGAAAAUGGAAAAAAAGCAGAUUUUCUUUAAGACAGGGCUGUGAAUUGAUUGUGAUUCAUCACAUAUCACACUGUUGAGCUUGGAAUAACUUCAAGACCAUAGAAUGUUUGAAGGAUUAAGGAAAAAAACCCUACUCCCAGACAUAUUUUUUGAAUAAAUUACAUUUAUUUGUAUUCUGCUUUGGAAUCUUGCUUUGCCAUAUGCUUACCUUGAAAGUUUAAUGGCUGACACUUAGCUUGGCAUCAGCUAGAUGAGCUGAAGUUCACCUUCAUAAAACAGGAUGAGCCAAGGCUGAGGAAUGAUUUGGGGCUCACUUGAGCAGCAUCUGCAUUGCCCUCUGCUGCACAGUAUACACUGCUGAGCUAAGUGAGCAAAUCUGUGUAGUUGAAGCUUUGCUUGAAUGUUAUGGGACUUUGCACCAAGGCGUGGGGGUGUGUUCAUGUUAGCUGCCCCUUAUCUUUCUGCUGGCACUAGCAGACCACAACUCCAGCCACGUCUGAUUUAUUGAAAGCUAGUUCAGCCCCUCUCUACCAUAUGACAGGGAACGCUAUAACUGCACAUGUAGAGGCUUGAGGGAUGGAUGCUGUCAUUGGAACAGUUGUUCAUGAAAAACAGUCAACAACAGAAAAAGACAGAACUGAAAAUGAUUCAAACAUGUAAAACAAAAAACUUGGAAAGUUUUGAUCACAAAAUACAUAGUGUUUAUGUUGCCUGAUGAGGAAGGUUACACUGUAGUUAUUUGAAUGUCAUAGUUCAUAGCUCACAUUCAGUAGAAGACAAUGUUUUCACAAAACGAUGAAACCUGACUUCCACAUUAGCACUCUCCUAGAGCAAUUAAUCAUUUGUGGAUAAACAAAUAAUUCUUAACCCUCGUAUAAAGAAUGUGUAUCACCCUUCAAAUUUGCUUCCCCUUCUCACAGAUGCGUUCAUUUCUCUACAGAGCAUUUUUCAUCAGAGCAUUUUUCAUCAGAGCAUGCAGACGGCAGUAUGUGUGUGUACUGUGAACUGUGGAGCAGGCUAUCUACAGCAUUUCAUGUCAUACAUCCAGGUGUCACUCAACGUGUGCAUGCUGGGGAUUUUCUUUAUUUGUGCUGUGUAUCUAAGGAUGCAGAUUUAGGGAUGAGUUUUCCUCACCUUUUAGAGUUUGUUUCCAGCCUUGAACAACUUACCUGCACGUAAAACUUUGCCGUGUAUUUUAAGUACUUCUUUUUCUUUCUAAUUUUCAGUCCUAGUGCUCUUCCAGAAGAGCAGCCACAUUCCAGCUCUCAGUGUGCCCCUCUCAACUGUCUCUCUAAGCCUCCUCCUUACCCCUAA